UUAUCAGCUUAUCACUUUGAAAAAUAAUUCAAAUUUUUCAUUUUUUUUCAGUUUUUUGAAAAUUUUGAGAAAAAAUGCAACGAACCCGCACAUUUAACUAUUGAGAAACUGUUUUAUCGUUAUUCUACAUUCAUAAUGAAUCUUUCAAGAUUAUCAGCUGUGUGUUUGAAACCUCCGAUCCAAUCUUACACCAAACCAUUUCAAUCAUACCGGCUCACCGAUAGACGAUUUUUUCACAAAUAUUCCAAUCUAUACGUACAAACGACGAUACUAAAGCGUCCUGCAUUUAAUAAAGACCACCUCAGUCACCAUUAUAAAAUCAGCGCGAGAUGUUCUUCGACCGCAUCACCAGUGAAUUUAGAAAGCGAUUCGAUUAUACGUUUAAUAGCCGAAAGUAAACUCGUGUAUCAUGUUCAAGACUCACUCGUUAAAUUCCACGACUACACCGGUUUAUCUUGGUGGUCAACCAUAAUAGUCGCUGCAAUCACGGUGAGAACUAUUUUCGUUCUUCCUCUCGCCAUACAUCAGCAUUCUAUCGCUGCGAAACUAGAACAAGUCCACAAAGCAAUGGAUACGACCGUGAAAGCCGAAGUUACCAAAUUAGUCAACGAUUUGAGCAAACAACAUAAUUGGAGUUCGAAGAAAAUGAGCCAAGAAUAUAAACGAAUGAUGAGCGAACGCAGGCAACAGAAAAUUAUCGAAAAUAAUUGUCAUCCGGCGAAAACCUCCUUAAUUGUGUUAAUUCAAGCGCCAGUUUGGUUGGGUUUUUCGAGCGCACUUCGUAAUUUGGUUUAUAUGUUUCCUUCGCAAGAUACUCACGCUCAGUUUAUGUAUUUACAAAUGAAACUCAGCAGUUUCUUGUGGCUUUCUAAUUUAACCAUACCUGAUCCAACUUUAACUUUACCUAUUUGUUUGGCUAUAGUUAAUUUAAGCGUAUUGCAAGUUAAUUAUUUGGCUAGAAAGAAACAGAAAGGAUUUGGUAAGAUUAUUUUGAAUUUUGUUAGAUGUUUUACUUUGUAUAUAGCUUAUGUGUCUUCGACGGUACCAUCUGCUAUUUCGUUGUAUUGGUUGACAUCGAGUUGUUACGGUCUCUGUCAAAAUAUAAUUUUGACUAAUCCGAAGGUUAAAAAAUUAUUAGGUAUUCCUAUUACCGAAAGUACUCGAAAAAAUCCUUUCGGGCAUAGUUACAAAAGAAUACAAAAUGUUUUCAAGUUUUUCAAAUAUUGAACAAUACAAAAUUUAUUAAAUCGUAAAUAAAAAAAGAGAAAUUAACUUGAACAUUUUUGUAUUGAAUACAAAUAUUUUAAUUGGUUAAAAAAUCUCUUUCUUCUGUGCUAUCUUUAGGUAAAAUAUAAAAUAGAGGUACCCCGUUUGUGAUCAUGAAUCUGUAACAAUAAAAUUACACAAGAUGUAAGGUUACUAGAAUCAUUGUAAAUUUUGUACUUUCCUUCGUAAUUAUUUUUACCUUUUGUGUUGUAAAACAUUUUUCAAAGUUUCAUUUAUACGGAUUUUGAAUUUCUUGUUUGUUUCGUCUUGGAAAUAGAUACUAAUCAUGUCCGGUUUAUA